AUGGCGGCAGGGCAGCACAAGACGCCAGUGGACGGCAAGAGCAGCGUCGCCUCUUCGUCUCCCUCCAGUGGCGGCGCGCAAGCUUUUGCGCCAUUGCCAUUCGACGAGAGUCUCAUAGCAUCAGCCAGCGCCACAGAGUCGGCCACAAGCACGUCAAUAACCAGUACCAAGUCCGCUGCCGAUUUUUUCCUUGAUCAGAUCGCUGCCGUUGUCUCGGAUGAGAAAAAACUCUCGGAUAAUAUUAUGGACUUGAUUCCACCCGUAGAGGCUCCUGUGAGUCAAGCAGGAACGACACAACCCAUGACGUCUAUGAGUAUGCCCCUCCAGCCUCCUCCGGGGCUUAUGCUGCGUGCUUUAUCGCCUCCCACCUCACUAUUACCCGACUUCGGAGACGUCGCAUCAUUAUCUCUACUUGGAGAUGCAACAGUGGCAACAACAGCAACUUCAAGUGCAACAGCAACAACUGUAACCACAGCAGUAAAACGCGAACUUCCAGUCGUCAAGCCUGCCGUGACCGGUACUGUGGCAAUGAGGAGGAAAGCCGAGCUGGCCACAGCAGCCAGUGUGACGCAUAAGAAGCAGAAAACAGAGCCCAGUAAGCCUGACACAGUCGUCAAGGCAGCUCCAGUGUCCGUGCAUCAACAGAUCCAGCAACAGGCCCGGCAUCUCCAUAAUACCAGCAACGCAUUGACGGCGGCGGCUGCUGCAGCACGUGAGAAGGUGAUGAAGGAGCCGCAGUCUGGAGACUUGUACGAGUGCGUAAUCACAAAGCGCAAUGGCGGACUGGGCCUCACUCUUGCGUGUGUGGACGACCACGUCCAGAUCACAGGCCUUGCACCUGAUACACCUGCUGCCAGUAGCGGCAUCUGUGUGGGCGAUACGUUAGUGGCCGUGUCCGGUUUACCGGUACGUGGACUCCAGUUCUCGACUGUGAUUGGUCGUCUUAAGUCGACGUCACGCAACUCGGUAGUGCUCAAGCUUCGACGGAAUCCGUUUCGACAGAAUGCCGGCAACUCGACUGCAUAUCGAGGCAUAAAACGACCUGGUCGAGGUGUGAUUAAAGGCUCGGAAAGCAGCAACAGUGCCAAUGUGUUGACAAGUAAGACGAUGGCGUUGGAGUCUCGAUUAGGUGGAGGACUAGGAAAUGGACUGAACGGCUCAGCGACCAACAGCUUGCACAAUGGCAACGCGAGUGCAGGAUUAGACGAGUUGCAUCGCUCCCAUCAAGCAGCAACGAGUGGCUUUGCCUCGAGUCUUCAUACGUUAAAAUCGGAGCCCAUGAACUCGACGUAUUUCCCGACAGAUGCGUCCGUUCUUACCAUGGGAGCGACAGUAUCAGGGUCUACAAGUGCUGCGGUGCCUGCUAGUGCGCUCGCGCCGUCAUCGUCGCUCCCGAGUGAGGCUCCGAGUGGCUGUAGAGUUGGUGCGGAGGAGAAGGACAGGUACUACGCCGAGUGUCGUGCUCUUCGACAUGAGUUAGGCAGAGCGAUGGUCGCACAACGCGCUCAAAAGAGAGAUACAGACACGUACACGACGCAACUUCAGGCUGUCGUGGACAAGUUCCAGCAACAAGUUGACGGACUCGCCACAGACGAGCUGGCAACGCUGCGUCAGAAGCUCGUGGAGACGAAUCAGACACUUGCGAAGCAGCAGACGGAGAUACUGGCACUACAAGAGCGCGAGACACGACAUGCUCUGCCAGAAGCACAGCGAGUGAAGUGGCAGAUGGUGUCGCGCAUGCGGAAGAGUGUGCUUCAGAUCGACUGUAAAGCAGCGUGUAAAGUGGUAAAGAAGACGGCGUCUUUGAGCUUUGAAGAGCGGAUCGAAGGUGUGCACAUGCACAGAGGUAAGCGCUUGUUGUCUUGGAAGGAUUAUUACUAA